AUGUCACCUUACGGGAAAAGCAAAGGCUCGGCAAGGGGGAAGCAGGCGGGGCUGGGUGCCGGGGGGUGCUGCCACCCGUCCCCCUCGCUGCCCGGUGAGGGAGACUCUCGCUGCCUGCCCGCUGUUGCCUUUGGCUUGCCGGGAUGCCUUGUACGAGCCCACAAGAGCCUCUGCCACGCUUUACUCUCCUUAUCUUAUGGUGCAUCUUGUCCUCCCGUGCAGAGCUCCACACAGGAGAUCGGAGAAGAGCUGGAGGAUGGUGUGAUCUACAGCAUAUCGCUCCGGAAAGUGCAGCUCCAUCACACGGCCAACAAAGGGCAGCGAUGGCUGGGGUUUGAGAAUGAGUCGGCCUUAAACCUCUACGAGACAUGUAAGGUGCGGACGAUAAAAGCUGGGACCCUGGAGAAGCUGGUGGAGUACCUGGUCUCAGCCUUCAAGGGCAAUGACUCCACCUAUGUCACCAUCUUCCUGUGCACUUACCGGGCCUUUGCCACCACCAAGCAAGUGCUGGACCUGCUGCUUAACAGGUACGGCAAACUCCAUGUGCAGGCGAAUGGGGACCAUGCCAGGCACGCUGUGGACGAGAGGAUGGAGCUGAAGAACACCAUCUCCUCCAUCCUGGGCGCCUGGCUGGACCAGUACUCAGAAGAUUUCCGCAAGCCCCCAGACUUCACCUGCCUCAAGCAGCUCAUCUCCUACGUGCGCCACAACAUCCCCGGCUCUGACCUGGAGCGCCGAGCCCGCAUCCUGCUGGCCCAGUUCCAGCAGCAUGAGCAGAGCGAGUCCGAAGCAGAAGCUGUGGACCAUGGCAGCUGCACCUUCCAGCUGGUGGAGGAGAACGGAGACGGGGAUGGGAAGCCGGAUUUCCUCUCCUUCUCCCCAGAGAUGGUGGCAGAACAGUUUACGCUGAUGGAUGCAGAGCUGUUUAAGAAAGUGGUGCCUUACCACUGCCUGGGCUGUAUCUGGUCCCAGCGAGACAAGAAGGGCAAAGAGCACCUGGCGCCCACCAUCCGUGCCACGGUCUCGCAGUUCAAUAGCGUGGCCAACUGUGUCAUCGCCACGUGUCUUGGGGACCGGUCCCUGAAGCCGCAGCAGAGGGCUAAAGUGGUGGAGCGGUGGAUCGAAGUGGCUCGGGAGUGCCGCAUCCUGAAGAACUUCUCUUCCCUCCGAGCCAUCCUCUCGGCUCUGCAGUGCAACGCCGUUCACCGGCUGAAGAAGACUUGGGAUGAGGUCCUACGGGAGAGCUUCCGCACUUUCCACGAGCUCUCAGAGAUCUUCUCGGAUGAGAACAACCAUUCGCUGAGCCGGGAGCUUCUCAUUAAGGAGGGCACGUCCAAAUUCGCCACCUUGGAGAUCAACCCAAAGAGGGCUCAGAAGCGGCAGCAACAGCAGCGAGAGAUGGGCGUGAUGCAGGGCACCAUUCCCUACCUUGGCACCUUCCUCACGGACCUGGUGAUGCUUGACACCGCCAUGAAGGAUUUUCUGGACGGCGGGCUGAUAAACUUUGAGAAGAGAAGGAAGGAGUUCGAAGUCAUCGCCCAGAUCAAGCUCCUUCAGUCAGCCUGCAACAACUACAGCUUCACGCAGGAGGACCAGUUUGUGGACUGGUUCCACAGCCUGGAGCGGCUCAGCGAGGCCGAGAG